AUGCAACGGCGCGCAGCAAAUACGCCCGGUCGUGAUCGCCGGAAGAGCGGGCGGAUCGAGCGCGAGACGACAUUCGAUAUUUUACGGAAUCUGGGAAAGGCUCUGGCACCCGUUUCUCAACCAAUCCAAUCGUCGCCACAAGAGAGAUUGGAACCGGAACCGGAACCCGAAGAGGAGAAAGACGAGAUCGAGGAACUCGACAAUGAACCGGAACUGGAACGACCCAGGUUAUCUCUACCGCUGGAUGAUGUGGAGGAGGUGGAUGAAGGAAGUCCUGAGAUGCGCCCGCCCCGGCUGUCUUUGGCUUUCGAUGAAGAGGACAUCACACACGUGUCUGUGGAGUAUCCGCGCAGAGCUGCCACUGACCAUGACAGAGCAAGAUUGUCCAUGAUGAGCUUCGGAAAUCCUCGUCUGAGCGAAAACUUUGGCGACUCGACCAGAUUGGAGAGUGGUUCCGAAGACGGCGAGGGCGAUGAUACGGGAAUCGUGGGCGAAGGAAUGGACGAGACACUCAUGAGCCAGGGUGCAUUCGACCGAGGCGGCGAGACGGAGGACCUUGGACGGUUCAACUUCAAUUUCAACUUCCCAUCCCCACCCCCUCCCGGUGAAGGCGAUCUCAUUCAGGACGAACCUAUGGACGAUGAAGGAUUCGAGCUUCCUCCAGUCGACCUGGAGCAGGAGAUGGACCCGGCCUCAGAGGAAAGUGAUGAUGAUUUCGGCGCGACUGCUGGCGAUUUCGGCUUGGAACUGAACAUACCUAACCGUGCCUCUCUAAGUGAGAGCCCGGGUAUUCGGGGGGGCGGCCUGCGAGACGACGACAGCGUACAUGUAGGCCCAGGCGCCAAGCCGAAGAAGCUCUCGCGCCAUGGUAUCCCUGUGCCCAACAUGCCAAUGGGUGUUGUUCGCAAACUCGCUACUCGUUUCGCCCGUGCAAAAGCCGGAUCCAAGCCAAAAAUCAACAAGGCUACGUUGGCUGCAAUCGAGCAAGCAUCGGCUUGGUACUUUGAGCAAGUGAGCGAAGACCUAGCGGCAUACUCUAAGCAUGCGGGGCGAAAGACGAUUGAUGAAUCGGACGUUACAACUCUCAUGAGAAGGUGA